GUCCGCCAUCUUGAUUUUCGGAAUAUCACGCACGAUUAGUUUUGCCUCCAGUUUGAGGCUGUUUUCAAGACAAUUCAGCACAUCAAUAAUUGAUCAACCCCGUAAACAGAAAUGGACCAGAAAAACAGUGAGAUUGCAAAGGACGAUCUACUAACUACACACCCCGGAAACGAGACAGACAGCAGCGACAAAUCAGACACGGGGAAACAGCAGGAUGAAAACCGGGACAUCCCAUAUGGUGAAAAGAUCGGAGAAGAAUCUGACCAUCCUCCCCUACAGGGUCAACAAACAAAGCAGUUAGACAAACUACCGGUGAAACGCACCAGGGUUAAACGCUUUGUGUGUACGGAAUGUGGUUUUCGGGCAGCCAAAAAAUCUGAACUAUUAAGGCACACGAGAAAAUAUACUGGUGAGGAACCUUACAAUUGUGACCAGUGUGACUAUUCUGCUGCACACAAAGUUUCUUUAGACCUUCACAUCACUAAGCAUACUGGAGAAAACCUAUUUAGGUGUGAAGAUUGCGGAUACAGGACUGCUUACAUGUCUAAUCUAACGGGAGACAUGAGAACACAUACAGACGAGAAACCCUACAAAUGUGAUCAGUGUGACUAUUCCGCUGCACGGAAGGGAAACUUAGACCGACACAUGACUGCACACACCGAAGAUAAACCCUACAUGUGUGGAGAGUGCGGGCACACGUCGGCUGAUAGAUCUGCCUUAACCGUACACAUGAGAAGGCAUACAGGUGAGGAACCAUAUAAAUGCGACAUGUGUGGCUAUUCUGCUGCAAAGAAAUGCCAUCUAGAGUCACACAUGGCUAGACACACCGGCGACAAACGCUUCAUGUGUGUGGAUUGCGGAUACAGAACUGCUCACAUGUCUAACCUAUCCGUACACAUGAGAAUACAUACUGGUGCAAAACCUUACAAAUGUGACCAGUGCGACUAUUCUACCGCACAGAAAGGAAAUUUAGACCGACACAAGGCUAACCACACCGGAGGAAAACGCUUCAUGUGUGGAGUGUGCGGAUACAGGGCGACUGCCAGGUCUUACAUAACCAUACAUAUGAGAACACAUACAGAUGUGAAACCUUAUCAGUGUGACCAGUGUGACUAUUCUACUGCAAGGAAAGGAAAUUUAGACCGACACAUGGCUAAUCACACCGGAGAAAACCCUACAUGUGUGGAGAGUGCGGAUACAGGGCGGCUGAAAAAUAUUCCUUAA